AUGACGUCGACGCAAUUACUCCCGCUUGAACUCAUCGAUCGCUGUGUCGGAAGUAAGAUCUGGGUUGUCAUGAAGACCGACAAAGAAUUCACAGGCACCCUCACCGGUUUUGAUGACUAUGUAAACAUGGUCCUGGAAGAUGUGACGGAAUUCGACUACACGGGCGCAACAACAAAGAUGGAGAAGAUUCUGCUGAACGGGAACAAUAUCUGCAUGCUGAUUCCAGGAGGAGAGGGACCAUUGGCUUCUGCACCAUAG